AUGGUGCCGCCGCCGCCGCCGCCGCUCCCCACGCGCUUCCCGUGCUGGUGCAGAGCCGUCUAUUCCUGGGGAGGAGAGGUAACCAACGCACCCUGGCCGUCCUUGUCCGCGGUCGUCGACGGCAGGCUGACCGCAUCUUUCCAGUCCAAACGCGAUCUCGGCUUCAUCGAGGGCGACCUCAUCGAGUGCCUCAACGCCGGUGACGGCUCGUGGUGGGUUGGCCGCCUAUAUCGAGACCGCAGAACCGUCGGCUCCUUUCCCUCCAACUUUGUCGAGCUCCUCCCCGACGAUUUUCGUCCGACGACGCGCUCGGUGAGCCCCUUGCCCGGCACCGACACGCCGAGCCCCAAGAAUGUGCCGGUAAAGUCAAAGACGUUUCGCAGGCCCUUCGAGGCAUACGCAAAGGCCCCUCACUACACGAGCGCGAAGCAGCCGGAGACGUUUCGGGACCCGCCAGCCCAGGCGGCGCGAUCCAGAGAGCCUUCGGCCAACCCUCCCUCUCCCUCCAAAGGUGGCCAGGAGGAGGCGCAGCAUGUUCCGUCGCCCUCGCCGCGGCAUGGCUACGGCUCGAGAGAAGCAUCGCCAGCGUCACCGAUGAGUCGCGCGCCGAGUCGCGGGCCCCCCCCUAGAGGGCACUCACCUCCGCCGCCGCCGCCGCCGCCGCAUCGGCACCUCGCCCGAGCUCCCUCGCAGGACAUGGACGCAAGCUCGCACGAUCUGGGGCGCCACAACUCUACCGCAUCGUACAUCCCGUACCGUCCGGGAUCGGAGCUGUCCUUUCACGACGCGCACGACCCGUCACCGCGGCGGGCGUCGACCGACCGUCGCAUGACGCCUUCGCCGCUACGCGAAGCCAUGGAUGGCGUCAUGGAGCAGCUCGGCCAGCUGGAUGGCAUCGGAGGACCCUACGACGCCCGCCCGCCCUCGCCGCCGCUCAACCCCUGGGCGCCCGAGUCGUUCGGCAUGGAGUCGCCCGUGUCGCCGCGGUCGAGGCGCAGGGGACCCGAUCGCGCGAGACCGCUGACGGCCAUGGGUGUCGCGCAGCACGACGAGGGGUACGAGACCUGGAGCGGCGGCUCGUCCCAUGGCGCCUCCUACCAGCAUGGCCAGCGCGGCCAGCACGACGGCGGCAGGGAAACCCCUCAGCUCAGCACCUACGUGGAGCGGAUGGAGAAGCAGUUUCGCAAGAUGCACCAGCACAGCGUGAGCAUGCCCGCCGGCGACUUGGACGACAUGCCGCCGCCGCCGCCGCCGCCCAAGGAGUCGCCGUACGGUCGGCCGAAGACGUCGUCGGGCGAGUCGGAUCACAGGCUGAGGAGCCACAAGUCGGCCUUUGAGAUCGGCCACGGCGUCAGCAGAACCUACACGACCAAGACGACGGCGACGAACUCGUCGUCCGGGAACCAGAGCCACGUGAGCUCCUCGACGCAGAGCAGCGGCAGGACGCUCUGGAGCGGCCAAUCCGCAGGCGGCUUCAGCUCGACGAGCGCCGGCAGCUUGGCCCGCACCCAUCACCGGGCGCAGAGCGCCCUCGGCCUGCGCGAGGCCGAUCGCGACCGACCGGAGACGCCCUUCACCGGCGUCACCUACCACAGCAGCCACGCGAGCAAUGCGAGCGCCGCCCGGCCCGCGUCCCAAGCAGGCUUCCCCGAGGACCUAAACGUGGGGCUCGGCGGCCUCGUGCAGCCCAAGGCGCCGAAGCGAAACAUUUUCAAAAAGAUAUUCGAGUCGGCCAAGACGGGCGUCGCGAGCAGCCGCAACAGCAUCGCCGCCGGCUCCGGCUCCGGCGCCGGCUCCGGCAUCUCGUCUCCGAGGUCCUCGCCCUUCAACCGAUCGGCCGCGCAGAGCACGACGAUGCUGGCCGGCGUGGCCGGCGUCGGCAGCCCUUCGACGGCGACGCGAGAUUCGAUGCGAGAGAUGGGCCUUGCCGGCGGCGUCGACUGGGUGCAGGUUCGACGGGACGUCAACCGGUCCAACUCGCUCAGCAAGAUCGAGCGCGGCGAGCGACGGGACCGCUGCCAGAUGAUGGACCACCCGGCGCUCAACCCCGUCGACGACCUCUACGAAGGCGUCGAAGGGGACGAAGGCGCCGACGGCAUGCCCGUCGCGGACCCGCUCGACUACCACGCCAUCAACCUGAGCCAGGUCGACAAGAACUCGCGCUUCGUCAGCGAGCCUCCGCCGAUGACGACGGCCAUCACGCUGGCCACGUCGUACCUCUGCCGACCCUACCGCAGCGACGUCCAGCGGCUCCGGGCCAUCUUCACCUGGGUCGCCGAGAAGAUUUGCUGGGAGGAGGAUUUCGAGGGGGAGAUUGACACCCGUCGCGUCAUCCAGACGAAGCGCGGCUGCGCCGAAGAGUACGCCGUCCUCGUCAUGGAGCUGUGCGCCGCCGCCGGCCUCCAGUGCGAGGUCGUGCGCGGCUAUCUCAAGACGCCCGGGGACGUGGCCGACCUCAACAUGGUGCCCCGGUCGAACCAUUGGUGGAACGCGGUCGUCGUCGACGACGAAUGGCGCAUCAUGGACUGCUGCCUCGCGAGCCCGUCGAACCCGAAGCGCGACCGCUACUCGACGGCGAGCGGCACCACCGCCGACCCUUGGUGGUUCCUCGCCCGCCCGACCGAGGCCUGCUGGACGCACGUGCCGGAGCAUCACGACCAGCAGCACAUUGUGCCGCCGGUGGCGCACGAGGUCCUGCUCAACCUGCCGUGCACCUGCCCGUCCUUUUUCCGCAACGAGAUCGACAUGGUCGACUACAACACGUCGGCGACUCGGAUCGAGGACCUCGAGAUGGUUCACGUCAAGUUCAACGUGCCGGCCGACGUCGAGGUGGCGGCCGUCGUCGAGGCGCGGGCCUACGCGCGGGACGCCGACGGCGACGUGUUCGAGAACGGCGACGUCGUGAGGAAGAGGGCGCUGGCGCAGGCCGAGUGGUUCAACGGCCUGAAGCGCUACACCGUCAAGGCGCUGCUGCCGGGGGACGAGGGCCAGGGCACGCUCAAGGUGUACGCCGGCAAGAGGGGCCUCAUGCACAGCAUCAAGGACAUCCCGCACCCGCUCGCCUUCUCGCUGCCCAUCGUCCACACGGGCGAGAACCCCGAGUACGAGUUCGUGACGAGGCACCCGACGCCGCACGCCCAGCGGCACGACAUUUACGUCGUCCAGCCGCAGUGCCAGCGUCUCGCCCUCAACAACACCUUCGUCUUCGCCAUCCGGCAGCAUCCGAGCUCGCUCGUGAGCGGCCCCCACUCGGCCCUGACGCCGGCGUCGAACCCGGGCGCGACGAGCCCGAGCCCGUACGGGCGACCGAGCUCGGCCAUGAGCGUGACGGCCUCGAGCGUCAACGGCGGCGCGCCGAGCUCGGCCAGCGGGACCGUGUCGGGGAAGAAGCCGGCGAAGCUGGCCAUCCAGACGCCCGGCGGCAAGAUCCUCCGCCUCAUGAGGAAGGAGGAGCGCCGAGGCUUCGGCGCCGGGAGCCGAGCGCUCAUGGUGGACGAGGAGCCGAGCGACGGCGGCACGUGGGAGACCAUCAUCAAGUGCUCCGAGAGGGGCCUGUGGAGAGGCCUGGUUCUCGCCGACCGCACGGCGCGGUGGUGCGUCUUUGCCGAAUGGUGGGAGUGCCCUGUACCGGUACUCAAUGCACCCAAGAAUACAGUUCUGCUGGUACCUACGCAGUAUUGCAAGUACUCCGUACAGAGACGCCGUUGCCUUGGUACUGGUGCUCUUACGCAAAAGUACUACAGUGGUGCACUACCAUCGAUUCUGUACACUCCGUACUCCGUAGGUACCAACGAGCUUGUCCAGCUGUGGGAUGGAUUGACCACGAGUUCGUGCCCACUGACCACCAGCAACGUCAAGUCCUUCUUCCCACCACUUUGUGACAGGGCCACGACACAACGCAGAAAGGCGGCCGAGGUGACGAGCGACCGCAGCCGACGCUGGAAGAGAACAGAGUCCGUCGCGCCGCGUAGCCUUUGUGCCUUUAUCGGUGCCGUCCUCUUCGACGUCGACGGCCAUCCUCCGCGAAACCUCCCCGAAGCCUUCGACAACCUCCUCGACACCUCCCUCGACACCAUCUCCGACACCUCUCUCGACACCAUCCCCGACACCUCUCUCGACACCAUCCCCGACACUUCUCUCGACACCAUCCCCGACACCUCUCUUGACACCAUCCCCGAAACCUCUCUCGACAUCUCUCUCUACGCUUUCUCGGACGGCGCGCGGGCCAUGGAAGCAUGA